AUGGGAUCGAACCUUUGUGCCAUCAGAACGGAUGAGGUCAACAAUGAUAUUCAAAAAGGAUUUAAUAGUUGGGGUAAUGGCAAAAAGUAUAAAAAUAAUAGAGAGGGACUUCAGGGGCAAAAUGGGAAUUCAGCAACAGAAAAUGCUUUUUACCAUUCUCUUGCUGAAUGCCAUGCUUCAAGUUCUCCUGUUGCUUCACAGUCAAAUUCAUCCGCUGCCCCUGGACCGGAUGUUAAACUCUUAGUUGUCGUUGCCACUGUUCAGGCUGCUGUUGCUGAAGAACCGCAAGUAGCCCCUGCUGCUUCACCUAACCCGACAGUAGUUCCUGUUGUGAAUUACGAGAACUCUUCAGCUUAUGCUGCUAAUUCUGGGUCACUUCAAAUUGGAACAUAUACUUCUAAUAAACAUGCACCGGUUGGUUUUUUAGGUGGAUACAUUCGUAUGUCGGGCAUUCAAUCUACGGAUGAUUCUCUUUCUCAUCUGCCUGGUUUCUAA